AUGAAUGAAGAAUCUCAAGUAUGGACGGACGAUCAGUCCAACGCAUCUUCCGAUUGCAGCGAUAGUAGCUGUGAUUCGCGAUCGCACGAAUGGGGCCAGUACAUAGUGAACAAUGGUCUGUUUUUCGUGAAGUUCGAUCUGGUCUGCCACGCAAAACCCGCCGUCUUCGACGAUGAUCUGUUUUUUCGCAACGAAUAUCGACGGCUGUCGAUACGGAAAAAGGAGAGCAUUCUCUCGCGGUUUGGCCAAAAGGAUAAGGGCAAACAUAAGCUGUUCCGGGUGAGCGUUAUCGAUACGACGAAAAAAGAACACAUUAACGGUAUCCAGAAGGAUGUUAUCAUCAGUAUUGCGCCCAAAAAGAACGUUCCACUCAAGGAGGUUUUACCACUGACGGAAACCAUACUAGGGCUUACCACGAGCCUAUUUCCCGAUGGCCGGAAGCUGAUGGUGGAUAAGAUCAAAGACUAUUCAGUGUUUGCGAAGGCAAAGCUUGUAAAGUCGAAAGAUUGGAUAAAAUCGAUCGAUACCGAGCAGGUAACGGUGGACAACUUCGAAUCACUGCUCGAAGGUUCAACGAAGAUCCCGACGAUCAUAAAAAUUUCCUUCUUUGAAAUGAUCGAACCGGACAUCAGCAAUGCGAUCGAGAUCAAGAUCACAAACUUUAUGGAUUUGAUCCAGAGCCAGGAAACACUGUUCGACAAGGAAGACAUACAAUCGAUGAGCAAUAACGAUCUGAUCUUUAGCAUGAUCUACAUCUCGAAAGAGUACACACAAAACGAUGAGCUGGACGUAAAAUUUUGCUACCCAACCCGGGAGAACAACUAUCUGUUCAACUCUCGGGGCAGCUUCGUAACGUUGCAUUCCAUUUUCAACCAAUCGUUCGGUCAGCAAUCGAUCAUGACGAAUUUGAAGAUCAAAAACGUACUGUACUACACGACGUACACCGUGCUGGAGGAUGGUAUACUGCUGCUAGGGUUCAGCUCCAAGUACUCGUCGGUAUUUGCCGUGAAGCAGAAAAGUGAGCAAAUCUGUCGGUUUUUAAACGCUCUCUACCGGUCCGGUCCAACCAUGUUUAACAGACCAAUCGAACAGCAAACGGAGCUGAUGCAGCUGUGCGAAAUGAUACGACACUCGAUCAAAGCGAACAGGAAUUGUGAUAAGUUUGAGAAAACGUUCCCGCAGGCCCACUUUGUACCGCUGCCGAAAGAGAUACAGCUGCGCAUUGACGAUGCGCUCGGUGAGCUGGAAGCGAUGGAUUAUCGCAACUGGAAUGACGAUUUUGUCGAUCUGUUCUGUCUGCUCACCGUGAUCGGGUGUGCCCUGUACUACAAGCAGCAUCUGAUAUGUACGCAUCUGAGCGGCGAGUACAUGAUGGACAUUGAGACGAUGUUGAAAAAUCUGGGCGUAUUCGAAAUCCUGACCACAACGGAUGUGAAAAAUAUGGCUAUAUGGAGAAAGUUUUACCCGAAACAGUACUGUGAGGAUGGUUUCCAUGAGAAGAAUGAUGCCUAUCUAAUGCUCGUGUCCAUUGGCAAUCUGCUGAUGGUGGUGGUGCUCGAAGUGCCAAUCAAUACGACACACAACAAAUCGUUUUCUCGCUACGUCGAUGAAAUACAGGACAUGUUGAGCUACUUUAAAUCGACCGGUAUUGAAAAUCUCAUACGCAUCUGGAUCGAUUCGAACAGGCGUCCGCAAUGCAUACCAACGAACGUUGGCAAACAGACUGGUAACGAUCAAGCAACUCCACAUGAGGAAAGGACACAGCAGAUUCGAUCUCAUGAUGAAGAAUCAAACGCUUCCAGUUCGAUCAAGAAUCAAGCCCUACGGGAAGAGCAUACUGUGGAACCUGAUGAUGAUGAUGAUUCCGACUGGGGUCAAAGUAUGGACAGCAGCCAACGAAGCAGCAGUUUCGACAUCACGGAUCUGUCCGAAAAUCGUUGCAAGGAAUUUUCGGAACUCAUCCCAACCCAGCUCACUACUGGACUGGACAAUCUUCUGUUCUACUACGUGCAGCUCGAGGUGGGUGAUGGAUACUUUCUGGCACCAACGAUCAAUGGUGCUAACGUGAAGAAUGACAUCGUCAUGAAUCUGUUCCGCAAAACAUGCACAUUGAUUCAUGCCACGUUUGAAAACACGAAGAAGUUUCGUAACCUGCUAUCCCGAGAAUCGUCUAAACUUAAUACACAACGAUCGCUGGUAGCGAUCAAGGAGCAGGGUAUGCUGCUAUCCGUUCCGAAAGAUCACGGCUCGGGAGAGCGGGUCGAAUUUUGGGUCGUCGGACGACUCUUCCACAGUCCAGCCAAGGAGCUGUACGUUUGUCAUCGAGCAGAUGCGCCACAAAAUAUGGUAGAAUUGGCAUUCCGCAUCUGUUUAACCUGUGCUGGUUAG